CUUGAAAGUUAAUUAUGUGAGUCAAAAUUCUGCCAAGCUUUUCCAGAAUAAACUCAAGCCUCUUAAGGAAAACAAUGCCUUCAAGAAAGGCUUCUUUCAAGAAAAGUCAGCCUUGUUACCAUUGUGGUAAGAAAGGUCACUUUAUUAAAGAUUGCAAAUUUAGGAAUAAUGCAAAGAACUUCGGUUCUGGCACCAGUGUAGAAACAAGCAACAAGGCAAAUUUGAUUGAGCAUGAAUUGGUUGCUAUGGUUUUUGAUAUGCAAGUCGGGAUGGUGACUGAAUUGAACAUGGCAAAUCCAACCAAGUCUAUGGAUUGGUGGUUGGAUUCUGGUGCAACAGUUCAUGUGUGCAAUAACAAAGCACAAUUCAAGUUUUAUGAAGAUUUGAAGGAACUAAGGAAGUGCUUAUGGGAAACAAUGUCACAGCAAAAGUUCUAGGCAAAGGCACAGUGGAAUUAAGGUUCACUUUGGGCCACAAAUUGACCUUGGUUAAUGUUUUCCAUGUGCCUGAUAUUAGAAAGAACUUGGUGUCUAUAAAUAUGUUGUGUAAAAGGGGCUUGAGGGUUGUCUUAGAAUCAGACAAGGCCAUUAUAUCAAAAAAUGGCAACUUUGUGGGGAAAGGUUAUUCUUGUGAUGGAAUGUUCAAAUUGAGUAUUAAUGAAAUAAAUAAUGUUUCUGCUA